AUGCAAGUUCUUGAGAGCUAUUAUUCUGGACCAAAAAUUGGAUUGCGUGUUCUAGUUAGCAAAUCUCUUGUGAUCAUCUCUGAAAAUAAUGAGAUUGAAAUGCAUGACUUAAUACAAGAUAUGGGUAAAUGUAUAGUGCAAAUGCAAAAGCAUCCGGGAGAAUAUAGCAGAUUAUGGAAUGUUAAAGAUUUUAAAGAAGUGAUAGACAACAAUAUGGGGACCAUGGCAGUGGAAGCAAUCUGGUUUACUUAUUUUGAAGAACUAAGCUUUAAUAAAGAGGCAAUGAAAAGUAUGAAAAUGCUUAGGAUAUUAUGCAUACGUAAUAGGUACGAAAAAAAUAAGACGACCUCCUCAGACUCCAAUUGCCAUGAUGGCUCCAUUGAGUACCUUUCCAACAACUUGCGUUGGUUUGUCUGGCAUGAUUAUCCUUGGCAGUUAUUGCCAGAAAAUUUUAAUCCCAAAGGGCUCGUUCAUGUUGAUCUCCGAUGGAGUUCAUUGCAUUAUUUAUGGAAUGAAACAAAGUGCAAACUGGGAUCACGGUACUCUAAGAACAACAUCGGUAACUCUGCCUAUGAAGGACACAUGUUUCUUCUGUUUGUAACAGAACAACUAGAGUCUUGGCCUGAGAAAGAAAUUUGCGAAAGAACUUGGAUGAGCAUUGGAACUAUUAGUAAGCCGUCUCACGUCUCAAAGCUAACAGAGCAAAGGGCACUAUUUCCAGGAAUCAAAUUCCACUGGAGUCGGAGUUAGGAGCUGGAGUUGUGUGAAUUAGAAUCAGAGUUGUCAAAAGAAAUGAACAUACAUAUGUUUUGCUAUCAGAAGCAUUGAAUUAUGAUGUUGAAUUUUCUCUUCUUUUUUUAGUUAUUCAUCUUGCUGGCA